CGUGCGUCGUGGUGGUCCAAUGUGCCUGUAGUGCACCUGACGCAACGUGUGCAGGCCUCCGUCACUUUCACCAACCCGACCCGCAUCAAUCGUCGCUGUGGCCGAGAGUCAUUAUUCCCUUUGCCCGCUACGAUACAAACGGAACGAAACAGCCGCCACCAAUUUCUCCUUCACCACCGAUCGCUGCGCGCUGUUUGGAGCGGAUACGCGUCUCCGGACUCGCCGGGCGGCGGAUGUCGGGUAACAACAUCACGCGAGUCGCCUCCGACGACGGCUCGUUCGCGACUCGAAGCCUUCAUGAGAGCAGCAGCAGGUGCGACUCGGGCCACGGCGGCGCCACGCGGCUUUCUGUGGACCUGGUCACCGCCGCCCGUCGCCACGUCUCCUUCCUGCGGUCCUUCGCCACCUCCCCUGUCCUCCACCAUGCCCCCACCGUCGCCCGCGCCAUCCGACGGUACGAUCAGCUGUGGAUGCCGUUGAUCGCCGAACUGGCGCAGGCGGCGCCGCCGUCCGCUCCUCCGAUGCUCCUCCCGCCGCCGGACGUCCACUGGGUGUGGUACUGUCACUGCCUCGAUCCGGCAGGGAGCUACCGCGAGUACUGCACCUUGAGAUUCGGAGCGCUUGUCGAUCGACCGCUGAUCAUUGACGACGAGAACGAGGAGUACGCGUACAACCGGUGCCGGGAGGUCUGGGCCGUCCGGUAUCCGUCCGAGCCGUUCGAUCUUGAGGUUGACUCCGCGGAAGAUGGCGAAGCAAGCGGUAAAUGUGAGGAUCACCUGUCCGCGGUGGUGGCGAGGUACCGGACGCUCUAUUCCUUCUUCUGCGACCCCUUCGUUUCAGAGACCGUCUACCUCGUCGCCGCGCGUAGGAGGUACUCGAGCUUCCUCCACCUCUCGAGGCGAUCCAUCGAAGAUGGGAUGCUCCGGAUGGUUGUCACCUCAGAUAUCUUCCUCAUCUGGCUCACCCAUCAAAGCUAUCCCAGGAGCUAUGCGAAGGACAUAGAGGACAGGGGGGAUCCGGCGAGGGUAACGGUGUGCUUCGGCGACCGAGCCACGGCGGAGGAGGCGAAGGAGACAGUGAGGGCGUGGGAGGAGGCGUUAGACGAGCCAUAUGAGCGAGCGGGAGCAGUUCUCGACCCUGCAGCGUCGCCGUCGCGGGUCUACUUCAACUGGGAGACGGCGGAGGCGGACGUCAACAGGAGUUACAAAGGGUUGCAGCCAAGGUUCCUCCUGGAGGUCCGUAUAUUCCUUAAAGGAAAAUGGGAGGAGAGGGAAGAUAAACACCUAACCAAGAAUUUCCUGCGGUUACGAACCAUCAGGUGUAACAGGGAAAUGAAGCUUAAUGAGCCUGUUCAUGAUUUAUCCUCCGAAACUUGGCACAAGACAUGGCAUCUGUACUGUGAAUUUGGGACAAGAGGAAUUGUAAUAGAGGUUCGGCGACGGGGAAGCAAUUGUCUGAUAAAUAGCAAGUUGAUUACGAAACUAGUGUUCCUGUGGAACGACUUGUUGCGAGCAACCACUCUGAUGCUGAAGAAGGAGCUGGAGAUGCAAGUGAGAGCCUUGGCAUCGAUCACUCCACCUGUUCAAGCUCCAUACUUACUGAAGUGUGUUCCGGAUAGAGUAACCGAUGAUGGGGGUGCAAUGAUUUCAGAUGUGGUUCUGAGGAUGAAUAGAUACCAUCCACAACAAGGUCGUUGGUUAUCUCGGACUGUGCUUGAUCAUGCCAAAAGGGAGUGCUUUGUGAUACGAAUACGAGUAGGCAGAGGCAUUUGGCGGAGAGGAGCUGAGUCUCCAGUAGCAGUGAAGUGGGAGGAUAGAAUUAUAGAAGUACGAGAAGGGCCAUGGUUAUACGUUGCUGGAACUGUCGGUGUUGCCCCCGACAAGAUAGCGGGCACUGCAACACCUAAGAAAGAAGAUUCACAAGUGAAAAAGAUGCUCUGGUGUUUGUCGACAGGAGAUGUUCUAACAAUACAAUGGGAAAAUGGACUUGAUAUUCAGCUUGAAAAUGGAAGUUCUGGCGAACAGGCUAAGUUGCUCACCGGAAGGAAACUACAAUACCAACUAAAGGAUGUAGGCUCAUCGAACGAAGAAGAAGAGCAAUACUUGACUCUAGUUCGGUUUACAUCAGAACAUCCAGAUGGAAAAGCAACCGCACUCUUAAAUUGGAAGCUGCUCGCAGUGGAAUUCUUGCCAGAAGAAGAUGCAGUACUUGUGCUGCUUGUAUGCGUAGCUGUAGCUCGAACCAUUUCAGAGAUCAGAAGGGAAGAUAUGAGUGGACUCUUAGCUCGAAGGAGAGUGAGAGAAUUCGCUGGAGGGUGUAGGGACUGGGGCUCAGUUCUGCUCCCAUCCUCAUCUACUUAUUCGUCCGUCCAUCUGCAACCAUGGUAUUGGAAUGCUCAUCAGGUAUUAGCCUCAGCUGAGACAAGUGAUUCUGGGUUGCCGAUCUCCAAGCAUCUUCCUGCUGACGGGAAGUGCUCGAUGUACGAGCAAGUCAUUCUAUCUUGAUGGCCACUUAUCCUGAUGCAUGAAUUUUUCAAAGAGGAUUUACGUCCAUACACAUUCUUCUGUUCACAAACCAAUUAAAAUGGCUUCUUGUUUAGGCCUCUGUAUCAUGAUACUAUCUUGUUGUUGGUAAGCUUAUGAUUCAUAUCUCUUUCUCUC